AUGGGUGAGAAGCGUCCGCGUGAGAUGAUGGUGGAGCCGCUCCUGCGGGAGAACCCCGACCGCUAUGUCCUCUUCCCAAUCAAGCACCACGACAUCUGGAAGAAGUACAAGGAGGCGGAGAGCAGCAUCUGGACAGUGGAGGAGAUUGACCUGGGCAAUGACAUGACGGAUUGGGAGAAGCUGAACGACGGGGAGCGGCACUUCAUCAAGCACGUGUUGGCAUUUUUUGCCGCAAGUGAUGGGAUCGUGCUGGAGAACCUGGCACAGCGGUUCAUGACGGAGGUGCAGUCACCGGAGGUGCGCUGCUUCUAUGGGUUCCAGAUCGCCAUCGAGAACGUGCACUCUGAGAUGUACUCUGUUCUGCUGGACACUUACAUCACGGACACAGUCGAAAAGGACCGCUUGUUUCACGCCAUCUCAACUAUCCCGUGCAUUGAGAAGAAAGCUAAGUGGGCAACUAAGUGGAUCCGCAGCAGCGAGUGUUUUGCUGAGCGCCUUGUCGCGUUUGCCGCUGUUGAGGGCAUCUUCUUCUCCGGCUCGUUCUGCGCGCUGUUCUGGCUCAAGAAGCGUGGCCUCAUGCCAGGGCUGACGUUCAGCAAUGAACUCAUUUCGCGCGACGAGGGCCUGCACACUGACUUUGCAUGCCUGCUAUACGAAAAACACAUUGUCCAGAAGCUUCCGCGUGAGCGUAUUCAAGAGAUCAUCUGUGAGGCGAUGGAGAUCGAGCGUGAGUUCAUCUGCGAUGCGAUCCCGGUGCGCCUGAUUGGGAUGAACUCGGACCUGAUGUCGACAUACAUUGAGUUCGUUGCGGACCGGCUGCUCGUGGCGCUCGGAAACGAGCGGUACUACAAGUCGAAGAACCCGUUCGAUUUCAUGGAGAUGAUCUCGCUGCAGGGAAAGACGAACUUCUUUGAGAAGAAGGUCGGUGAGUACCAGAAGGCAGGCGUGAUGAGCGCGGAAGGGAGCACAAAAAUUUUCUCGCUCGGCACGGAUUUCUGA